AAAAGUGGAAGGGAUUAGCUAAGUAACACCGACCAUCCACCGCACCACCUCUAUCAUCCAAUGAGAUGUUGCAUAGCUGAAACUCCACCGACCAUCCAUCGCCGCCUUCUUUUUAUCUCCUCCCAAUUUCAUCUGCACCUGAAACUCCACCGACAACCAUUUCUUACGUCUUUUUUGUCGUUCUUCCACUUACUCAGGGGUGCUUUUCACCAUCGGGUUUUCUUCUCCUUUCUCUUCUCUAUUUCAACGAUUUUCUCUCUUUGCAAACGCUUCAAUUCCAUCAUCGAGCAACACGUAAAACGAUGGACGCUCAGCUACGUUGUCAGAUUGCUUUCCGGAAUGUGCGACAUCUCCAGGCAGUCAUCGAUCCUCUGAUCCGUCCAUGUCCUGUUUGGCUUUUGGUGGCUGGAUUCGGGUGGUCGGCGACAAAUUUCUAUUAUAUCAACACUCAUUUAAUUCUUCGUGAUUGCAGCCAAAACAAGGAUUUCAAUUUACAGGAUGAUGCAGGCCCACAAUUGAUUAAACCUACUGGUACUUAUGCGAGGCCCAAAAGAAACAUUUGAAGACCUGCAAGGUUCAAAGACUAACAAGGAACACGUGGGAAGAAUGAGUCUCUUAACUGAAUUAGUCAAUCCUUUAUUUUAGAGUCAGUUGCAUGAGUCUGUAGAAUGUUUAUUUUCCAUAAGGUCCAUGACCAUUCUGUUCCUAGUUUAUAGUAACUGCAUGCAUAUUUAAAUUGUCUAUAAGCGUCUUUUUUGGUACGAAUGAAAAACCCCAGAAAAUUGC